GGCCAUGUUUCUAUCACCAAGAUGGAUGUGCAGUGUCUGAGCAAUUAUGAACUGCAAAGACAACUUAAGAAGCUUGGGUUCACACCUGGCCCAAUACUACCUUCCACCAGGAAAAUGUAUGAAAAAAAGUUAGUGCAGUUGUUGGCCUCGCCUCCCUGUGACCCACCUGUCAAGAGGAGACCCAGAAAGCCACGUAGACCUGAGGACAGUGAUGACAGUGAAGAUCCAGCAGUAAAUAUCAUUUUGAAAGGAAAUAUCAAAUUCUCAAAAGACAAAGACAAGGAAUGCAAAAACAGACCUGAGACUUUUACUAAUAAAAGAAGAAUCGUAGACGUCUACUGUCUGAGCCAGAAGCCCACAAAGAGAGUCAGGCAUACUGCAAGACCAAGUCCCAGGAACAAGCACCGGUGUGUCGCCAAAGAGGACUACAGCCUAGGGGACGAGGGGCCCUCGAGCAGCGUCCCGUGCCAGAACCCCGGGAGCAGCUUGCCGUGGAGGUUGAAGCUGGCCAUCCUUGGCAUUUUCAUCAUUGUGUUGUUUGUCUACAUAACUGUGGAAAAGAAGCCGCUCUUGGCUUAA